AUGAACAAAGACAUCAAGGUGGACCCUCACUCCACUGUGGAGAAGGAUGUUGCCCUCGGUGAAACACACGAUAUCGGUGCUAAUCUGUACCUGGAAGCGGAGCAGCUGUCUACUGAGGAGUUGGAGAGUGAGGGGGCGAAAGUGCUUCGCAUUAUCGAUUGGAGAAUUAUGCCAAUUCUUUAUGUGACUUAUGUUAUUCAGUUCCUCGAUAAACUGUCACUUAAUUAUGCAUCUGCUUAUUCCCUAAUCCCAGACCUUGGUCUAGAGGGACAGCGAUACUCAUGGGUCGCUGCUAUAUUCAACUUCGGCUAUCUCUUCUGGGCUCUCCCAGCCAACCUAUUGAUCCAGCGAUUACCAAUUGCAAAGUAUAUGGGUGGAAUGCUUCUGAUCUGGAGUGUACUGGUCAUCGCUCAUAUUGGAGCCAAUAAUUAUGCUGGAAUCCUGGUAUUGAGAUUCCUACUGGGCAUGGCAGAGGCAGGUGUCAGCCCAUGCAUGAUGAACCUCACUUCUAUGUUCUACAAGCGCUCCGAACAACCAUUGCGCAUGGCAAUUUGGCUUAGCGCCAACGGUAUGGCCACUAUGGUUGGUGCGCUUCUGGGCUUUGGUCUCGGCCAUACACACAAUACUGCUCUCCGCAGCUGGCAGCUGAUCUUCUUAACAAUCGGGCUUCUCAACUUUGUCUGCGCCUGCUUCUUUCUAUGGCUUAUGCCAGACUCGCCCAGUUCUGCACGCUUCCUAUCCCACCGACAGCGCGUGGUAGCCGUGCAACGCGUUGCGGAGAACAUGAUCGGUGUCAAAACCCGAGAAAUCAAGCCACGCCAAGCCUUGGAGAACCUUUACGAUGUCAAAGUCCUCUGCUGCGCCGGAAUCGGCAUUGCAUGUGGCGUUAUCAACGGCGGCGUAUCGAACUUCGCAUCGGCGCUCAUCAAAGGCUUCGGAUUUGACGGGCUGUAUGCUACACUCCUCCAAUUACCCACUGGUGCAAUUGAAGCCCUUGUGGUCCCAAUCUGUGGCAUCGUCGCCACAUACAUCAAAGACUCGCGCUGUAUCGUCCUCGCCAUCGUGUGUCUUAUCCCCUUCUGUGGCCUCCUAGGCAUCCGCUUUACAGACCUAGAUCACCGCUGGACGCUAGUCGGAUGUACUUGGCUCCAGUACAUCAUCGGUGCACCAGUUAUCGUAUCGUGGAAUAUACUCGCGACCAAUGUGGGCGGCCACACGAAGCGUGCUGUCGCAAACGGUAUCUGGUUCUCGCUCUAUGCAGCGGGUAAUGUGGCCGGAGCUAACAUAUUCUUUUCUCGCGAGGCUCCACGCUACUAUUCGGCUCUUGCGGGACUGCUUAUUUGCUAUGCUGGUAUUAUUGUUUUGUCGGCUGUGGCGUAUGUUUCUAUGAGGUGGGAGAAUGCUCGUAGGGAUGCUGCAGUGAGAGAACAUGCUGAUGGGGUUUCGGGGGAUGUUGCAGCCCAGGCUAUUUUGGAUGGAUUUAAGGAUAUGACGGAUAUGGAGUCUAAGCAUUUUAGGUAUGCUCUUUGA